AAGGUUACAAGUGAUUUAGAGCGCUAGCUGUAUUCAGCCUUUAGGCCCUCUGACGAACACCUAUAAGUGCUAUGACUGAGCCUGGUGACAAAGAAUCCAAUCAGGAAAAGAUGGCUGCACAAGUCCCAAAAGCAUUCCAGAGACUUAUGGUGUCAUCGCUGACCCCUACAUUCCGAAAUGCCAUCUCCUUAGAAACCGUUCCCAUGGUGAAACCAGGUCCCAAGGAAGUCGUAGUCAAGAAUAGGUUUGUUGGCAUCAAUGCUUCAGAUGUGAACUUCACAGCAGGAAGGUAUGACCCAACCAAAGUGCCUCCUUUUCAAGUUGGAUUUGAGGGUGUGGGUGUGGUGGCUGCUGCAGGUGCAGAGUCUAACUUUAAAGUAGGCCAGCCUGUUGGUUACUUACAUGAUGGAGCCUUCACUGAGUACAAGGUUUUGCCAACCAAGUUCGCCAUCCCACUGCCAUCACUGAAGGCAGAGUACAUCCCACUGAUGGUCAGUGGUCUGACUGCAGCCAUCAGCUUUGAUGAGGUUGGAGACUUGAAGAAGGGAGAGACAGUUCUUGUUACAGCUGCUGCUGGUGGGACAGGACAGUUUGCAGUACAGCUGGCCAAGAAAGCAGGGUGUCGUGUCAUUGGAACAUGUUCUACAGAUGCAAAAAUGGAGUUUCUUAGGAGCAUCGGCUGUGAUCGUCCAAUCAACUACAAAAAGGAGGACUUGAAUGAAGUAUUGAAGACUGAAUAUCCAAAAGGAGUGGAUGUAGUCUAUGAGUCUGUUGGAGCACAGAUGUUUGACACCUGUGUGAACAGGCUGGCUCUGAAGGGCAGACUGAUUGUGAUUGGGUUCAUCACAGGGUACAAGUCUGACAUAGGCUACACACCUAUCAAGGGAGGGGCCACCCUACCUCCAAAGUUAUUGACCAAGUCGGCCAGUGUGCGUGGGUUCUUCCUGUUCCACUAUACCAACCUGUGGGUGGAGUACCUUCAGCGCCUGGUGUCCAUGUACCAUGCUGGAGACCUGGUGUCACAGGUGGACAGGGGCGAGGCUUCUGGGACAGGUGUCUUUAACAAAGGACUGCAGUCUAUACCUGAUGCUGUGGAGUAUCUCUACACUGGUCAGAGCAAAGGCAAGAUCAUCGUCGAGUUUCCAGAAAGAAACAGCAAGCUGUAGUAUCAACUGGAUUGUUUGACAAUUUGUGUCAGAGUUUUAUUUUACCUUCACAUACUGGAGUUUUGGGAAAGCACUAACAGUAUGAAAAGCAGCAGUAUAUCAAAUGUUGAUAAUCAUUGAACAGUGUUUCUGAUUCCAAUCAAAUACAUGAGUGAUGUUGUCAUUGAUACUAGUGCAGGGUAGUUUAGUUUGAAAUGGAGAUAACAUUUUUGUUAUGUCAAAGAGGUUAUGUUGGACACACAGACACAUCAGCAAUGAUGUUUGUAAUUGUCUUUUGCUUAAUUGUUCAUCAAACUCUUUAAAGAUAUGAUGAAUUAUAUCUUUUUGAGGUAAUGUUAGUUAUACAUUUAUUAGAAUUAUGAAUGGUUUUAUCUGAACCUGUGUGUACUGUCUUUGCAAUACAUUACAACAUAUUUGUUGAUAGUGCAAGGCUAAUCUAUAGACCUGCCACAUUUUUACUGUGGCAGUUGUUUACACGAUUUUACCGUCUGCCUGUAAUGCAUUACAGUGUAAAUGUUGUGCACAGCAAGUAUCAUGCAAAAUGUGGUUAUUGAUAACCAGGGUCCAGUCAUUAAUUGCAUCAUUUUGAAAAUAAAACAAUAAAAAGUUGUUUUGCUUUUGGUAACUUUA